AGUGAAGUGUACAACGAUCUGCUCCAUAGCAAAUGGGCACGACGGGGGACGACGUUCGGCGCGGCAUGUACCACGAUAAGAUAGCCAGGCCCGGUCGGCCGCGCAAUUUCAUCAGCAUGACGGAGGGCGUGCGGCGGAUGCAGGAGGGGCUGUUUGCCUUCGUGGCCAUGGACUCCCCAAUGUACGGGCACAUACAGGCACGCUUCGAGGAGCACGAGAAGUGCGACUUGUUUGAGGUGGACGGCUACUCACCACUGAGGCACCCGCACCUAGUAACGCGCCGGGACUCGCCGGUCACUCAUCUUCUCAAGAUCAAGCUACUACUGCAGUGGGAGAGGGGCUUUCGCCACCGCUUCAUCAUAAGAGGGCUGUACAGCAAGCCCCGCUGUGACGUGAUGGGGGCGAGGUUCAUGUCGGUGAGCUUCAUCGGCGCCAGGAACGCGUACUACCUCAUCGUGGCCGGGAUGGGGGCGUCCGUUCUCAUCCUGGUCGUCGAACUGCUGCACUCACGGCUGUACGCCGGCGGCGCCGGCCACAGACAACCCACCGGACAGUUGUCCGUCGGUGAGGGUGACGGAGGAGGUGAAGGUCGUGGGGUAGGAAUGUCGCUGUUUGCUAAAAAGGAGGUGGAAGCUUAACGGGCUUGACACAUUAGGUGCAGGGUAUUAUUUCAUAUUGUAAACCUAUGAUUUAGCAAGUUAGGGUGACCACAUGAAAGUCAUGCUACACUAGUUGUCUUAACAGGAGAGGGCUUCAUAAAAGCUUCCGAGUGAUCGGCCGCUAUACUCACUGAACUUCUUUUCCCUCCUCGCCGUCGUGUGAUUUUCUCAUGCCUAAGCAUCACGCCAACGCCACCCACGCCCCCACCCAACGUAAGUCCCAGAUCCAGAGCUUUAGCCCUCAUCACCUAGUGCAGCAGCCGCACUCUUACAUUUCUUCAAAGCAAUGCUCUGCACAACUGUGACUGAUUCAGAUCAUUUGUAACUACGAUUCACCCUCUGCUCCUAGUUCGGAGAAGUCUGGCUGUUGAAACUGCGAAACAAAAACUAUGCAGCUGUAACUGCGAAGCUUUUUAGUUCUACAGCUGCAACUGCGAAACAAGUUCAGGAGUUGUAACUCCUAAACCUCUUAACUGUAACUGUGAGUGACUAUUCUUGGCGCUCUUUCCCAUGCGUGACACAUGCUCGAAUUAAGGCCGAGUUUCAAUACUGUAUUAAACAAUUAAAUUAAUUAAGAUAGCACUCAUUAAAAAGAAAUGCAGAGUGAGAAUGUUGCAAAACUAA